CGGCAACCGCGUGUGCUGCUGCUGCUGCUGCAGUGCCUCUCGGCAGCUCAGUCAGUGUACGUACGUUGUCGGCAGCGCGAGAGCGCCUGAUUUUGUACCGCAUUAUAUUAUAUCCGAACGAACGACGCAGCGGUGAGCAUUUUAUGUUCUGAGUACACGAAUAUCUUAUCAUCGGUCCGUCCUGCUGCAAGUGUGUGUUUUAUUUGUACAAAAAAUCGAGAUCCUCCGAGCCGGUGAUUUGGUAUUUCCACACGGAGGAGGAGGAGGAGGUGCAGACUGUCCAUCGUUCCUGUGGGAGUACCGCGAUCGAUCGAAGGAAUAAAGGGCGAGCUGUACGCGAGAGUACUUGGUGCUCGAUGCGCAGAGGUGACUUUGUUACCCCGGCGAGAAGCUCCAGGGUCAUGGGAGGUGCCUGAGGCUGCACCUGGACAUCCUGCGCGCAAGGUGAGUUUGGAAUCAGUCGCCUUCUUUUCAUCGCGACACACUGAGAGGGAAGGGCAGCGAGGGACAGAAUGCCCGCAACGAGAGACAGCGAGCGGAACGAGAGAGACUGAACCGACUGCUGAGAGUAUACACUGCAGAGCGACACGGGCUCAGCCAUGGAGUCGCCGAUCAAGAACGGGGAGGAUGACAAGUUGGAAGUAGUACACCAAAACGGCGUGUCCCGCCAAGACUCGGGUAUGCCAGCGGACGAGGACCUGGGCUCCCCCCUGGACACCGGCGUCAUCCUCAAAGAGACGCGCCGCUCUCUGAUCGAGCUCGACAACACCAUAAUCGACGGCGAGUCCAACUGCACCAUCGAGUCCAACUGCACUAUCAACAGCGAGUGCAACAUCACUGUCAUACACGUGCCACCGUCCGACGAUUCCGGCAGCGACGGCCUCGCCAAGGACGAGGAACACGGGACACCCAUCGCCGAGGCCGACAAGAAGGACUACGCCGUCGAGGGCAAGGACAGCAAGGAUGGCAGCGACAGCGGCGUCGAGGGCUGCGCCGUUGAACCGCCGAGGGUGCAGAGCCGAAACAGCGUGGACUACGCGAGCAGCUGCAACGGCCUGGACGAGGCGUCGUGCGACUCGAGCCUCGUGAGUUGCUGCUCGGUGUACGAGGACCCCUGCGCGACUCUACCCGACGACAUCAGACUCAGCACCGGAGGCAACGCGCCUGGCGCCGGAAACGGCGAGGGAACCAGCGAAGGUGGCAGCGAGAGCUCCUCCAUCGCGGGAAGCGUGUCAGCGAGGGUACAGAAGAGGGCCAGCACCAGUGUCGCUCAGGCCAAGAAGAAACUCACCAGCCAUGCCUCGAUGGAAUCGCAGAAGAGCAGCAGCCAGCGCACGAGCAAGGCGACCUCGGCCAGCAGCAGCAGCAACGCCGUCAACGGCACGACGUCCACCGGAGCCCGAGCCAAGCCACGCACAGGUCCACAGCGCAACACCCUCACCAAAUCCCAAAGCCUCAACAGCAGGGACAGAGGUCGAUCGAGGGAGAAGUCCGUGAUCAAAGAGUCGACCACGACGAGGGACAGCUCGCUCGCGGGAAACAGGGGAUCUUCCGCUGUCAGAAGUGCCAGUGGGGCUACCGCGAGCACAGCUGCCUCGAGGUCCAGGACGAGACCGGACUCGCUGCCGUCCGCGCUCACCACGGAGAUCAAUAAGGAUCUGGCGCAGCGUGGGAGGGGUACAGGUUCGAGUAGGCCUAGAGGUGGCUCAACGACGCGCCAAAGCAGCGUAACGACGACGAACACCCGAACCCCGGGCUCGACUCCUUCGGAAGACGGCCGCAAGUCUCUCUCGACAGUCGGCCGCAGCACGAGUCUCUACACGGGCCGCAUCGAUCUCAAGUCCACGCGGAUGCUGGACAAGAUGACGGCAAGCAUGGACAGUGGCUCCAAGACUCUGGACACCUAUGGCACGCUGCCACGCAGUGCCAGACACAGCAAAUUCACAGUUCCUAAGACGAGCGAGAAGCCGCCCGUGGCAACGCGCAGUCGAUCCGGAAGUCGAGAUGCCAGCCUCAACAGGUUGCUCGGAAGGAAGGCGGUUAACUCGAAAGAGAUGACCGGAGGAACGCACAAGGGUCUACCGCCAUAUCCAAAAUCGAAGACGGCCGAGAAGACCAAGAUCUACCACGAGACAAGUGUGCAAACGGGAUUAACGGGCAAGGACAUCGACAACUGCCUUGCCGGUAUAGCGACAAUCGUCCCGAACCCGGAGAGCGUGGAAAAAUCGGAAAAUGAUAGCCAGACUGAGGGAAGCUGGGAUGAUCUGCAGCAACUUAAGAGCGAGCUUAAGAAAACGACUGAUGAAAACGAGGCGAAUAAGAAGGAGAACGAGAAACUGCGUGCCGAGGUUGAAGAAUUGAGGAAAAAGCUGGAUGAAGAGCAGGCUGAUCAUGCGUUUGCACGGCAGGAAUUGGACAGGAACGCGCAGAGAGUGCUUGCUAUGCUGGGCACGCCGCAGUCAGAGCAUGCGGAUGGAAGCGACAGCUUUUUGGAGCUGGAAUCUCAUUUUCAAUCUUCAGGACAAACUGUUGCUAAUCAACAGAUUGAGAUAGCUGAUUUGCAAUCGCUGUGUCGGAUGCUGAGCAGAGAUUUAGAAAAAAGUAUGGCAGCUCAAAAGGUUUUGCUUCAACAACAACAAGAACUGGAAGCCGAAUCGUUAGAAAUGCAAGACUUCUUACAAGAGGAAAAGGCCACUUUAGAGAUCGCGCUAAAGGAAGCUGAAACGGAAUCGAAGAAAAAAGACGAAAGUAUAAAACAACUAACGUCCGAGCUAGAAAGGCAAACAGAGGAGUGCAAACAUCUUGUUAGAAUUAGUGAGCAAAGAAGACAAGAAAACUUGUCGUUGAGCAUGAAAUUAAAUGCCGUUGAAAGAAGAAGCAAAGAACUUUUGCUCGCACAAGGAGCGGCGGUGUCGGGUGCCUCCGUUGCUCUUUCUGGCCUAGGUAGUAGAUUGGAGGGAUUAGUGGAUCAACUAAUCAUGUCCUACAAUAUUUCGGAAAAGGAUCUUGAGGAUGUUGUCUAUCAUAACGAAGCUUUCAGUCGAAGCAAUAGUAGCGUCGAGUCAAGUCCUGUUAGUUCAAAACACAGCAUCAAAGACUGCACUCCGAGCCCUAAGAGAGGUUCUUUCGUUUCCGCCGUCAUUGGAGCAAUAAGGAAUGCAGCGACGCAUCCAUUUGCGACAAAACCAACGAACGAAAAGAAAUCUAACGAUUCAUCCAAAGUAAUACGAAAAGACUUUAGUACAGAAUCUUCGUCCGAUCUUCUUGAUUUCGAAACGGAGCCUUGCCUAAUGAUGGAAAAUGUGUUGGAAGAUGUUCCUUUACCAGACACCUAUUCGCAUAAUAUGGUAUCUAGUUGUGAUUCUCUUAGACGAGUUCUGAGUGUUCCUGAGACUGUUGAAGAGCAUGAUCUGAGAAGAAGCAAAAUGAAUGGAGAAUCUAGCAGCCUAAAUAAUCUGUCGCAAGCAAUACUAAAUAGGCGCAAAGUUGAAGAUGAGGAAGAAGAAAACUGCGAAUCAAUAAGUGAAUCAGAAAUCGGUCCGUCCGAAGGCCCGCUACCAUUGACUGACUACUGUCCAGCCACUAGUCUGGUUGAUCAAGUCAUUGACGUUGACAAUCUUGUCACCAAACUUUUGAAAGUUUUACGUAUUAUACAACUCGACAACGAUACAUGCAUUCAAGAAUUAAAAGACGAAAAAACGGAGUUAGAAACGAGGCUAGAAAUUUUCCUAGCUGAACGAAAGACUGGAGGAAAUUCACAAGAAAGCGAGAAAGAAAAUUUGAGCAACGGAAUGAAUGAUCAAACGAGCAUAAUUGAAAAUUGUAAACAUGUGAUAAAAGAAAUGAAUGAUGCAAAGGAAUUGAUAGUCGAUGGCCAAAUGGAGAGGAAUAAAUGCAUUUCAGGAGAAUCAAGAGGAGAAGAUCAAAAUGCUAACGCUGCUGUCCUCCUCUCAUCGAGCGCGUGCUCUUAAAUCGUAGGAGAUUAGAGAAAUUCUAUUUUUAUCAAUUCUAUGAGUCAAUUUGCCUCUCUUGAGUGACACAAUAUCAAUCGCAUUCUGCAAUGGAAUAGAUCAAUUAGAAAAAAAAGAUAUCUGCAGUAUAUUAGUCGUACUCUAUGGAUACGAUAUUACUAUAUACAAUGGGAUUUAAAUAUUACAAAUAUGGAAUUUCUGUUAAUUGUAUAUAGCGAGCUAAAAAUUCAAUCGCAUCAAUGUCCGUUGUUGCUCUUUUCGAAAAAGUAGAAGUCAACUAUCAGGAUCAUGUGAAAUCGUAGAGAAAAUCAAUUAAAAUGUGAUGUAGUUGUGCUCUUUAGAGAGACGUGUCAGUGAUCAAAUGAGGUAAUUGUAUAUAAGGAAACGAUAGUGAUUCUUAGUAUUUAAGGUAACUGAAUGAAAAAGAGAAUAAUGCGUCGAAUCGCAAUUGAUAUAUCGCUGUGAUGGAUUAUCGAAAAUUUCGAAAAAUAGUAAAAACAUUUCAUUUUUUGUUUUUCGUUUGUUCAUACAUCUAAAAUGAGCUUCCGCACUGAUUUCAACAUUUUUCAUCGACUUACCUCGCUGCGAGCAAACACAUAUAUAUCGCUUAGUCCUCGUAUAUAUAUAUAUAUGUAUAUUAAGUUUUAUCAAUUUAACAUGACUAUUUCUUUGCUUUGUUCUAAAGUUAAAACGUACUCUCGACUGUACAGAGAACUGAAUAUUUCGUUAAAUUAUAACGCACGCGCAAGGCUCUCCAGUCACUUUAUAGCGCCCGACGAGCUUUCAUUGUUGUACAGCUAAAUAAUAUCACGUAAUGUAUCAUUUUUAUACAAUUUACGAACUACCAUGUCAACGUACCAAAAAGAGAUUGUAAGAGAUGACAGAGCCAGCAGGUGAUCAAUAAACGUGUAAUUAUUAAUUUUUAAAA